AUGGAGGACCAAGUUGCUCUUGAGUCCGUUGGCGUGAGUGGCAUCAUUGGGAGUCCCUCGAAUCGACCUGAAAUGUGUGGUAUUAGUACCCAAUGGAGUCUGUUGCGAGUACCAUACAUCGAAACGCUUGAUAAAGUUGAUUCGCCUUCGCCGCCGGAAACAUAUAUCUACAGUUUAGUACUUAACUGUAUUGCGGCAUUCUCUGAGAGCAUGGCCAAAUUUAUCAUUCCGUUAGCUGUCGCCGAAUCCAAGAGUAAACGGAAACGCAAUACCUCAGCUGCAGAUAAGGACAGAGGAUCGGCUCAUCAGGAUGCAGACCGCACAGAGUCAACUGGGAAUGGAGGGAGGUCGUCGGUUCCAUUGAACCCUUUAGAUCUAAAAUCUCACCCACAAAUCGCCAAUAUCCAGGCGACUGCUGGGAUAAUCGAGGUGUGCUGGCCAGCUAUACUUGCCACCUCGUCAACGUUCUUAUACGCAGCAUUGGACGGAGAAUUUUAUCACACGUUGGUCCGGGCGUUUCAAAAAUUAGCCCAUGUUGCAGGUCUUUUAAGAUUAUCUACUCCACGAGACGCAUUCCUCACAACCCUUGGAAAGGCCGCAGUCCCUACCGAUUUCCCGGGGUCCAACCCUGGUGCUACUACAGCUCCAGAUGGAAGCACAUACCAUUCUCCAGUUAUGGACCAUGCGUCCCAACGUUCAACAAGCGUUGCUGAGGUUGCGAACUCACCUAUCGAUAGCCCUAUCAACAUGCUAAAUACGAGAAACUUGCUCUGUUUACGGGCACUCCUAAAUUUGGGUAUUGCUCUUGGGCCCACUUUGGAUCGUGAUGCUUGGUCAAUUGUCCUUGAAACUCUUCAAAACGCCGAAUUAGUUAUCAACGUUACGAGUUCUACCUUCGUCUCGAUGCCGACAGAUCAAAAUGCAGAGGUUGGAGGCAUGGCUUCCGACGUACCCAAAUCCAACCUUGGGCCUGAAAUCAUGGCUGUUCAUGCUGUCACUAGUAAACUUUGUGAAAGCACUGGUGAUUACCCAAAUUCUGCUUUCAAAACGUUUCUUACGACUCUCUUAAGUUUACCAGAGAGCUUUACCAAAAGUACGGUUCCUCCAUCGGCCCAGAAACAGGCGUCAUCGCCUCUUCUCACUCAGGGGCAACAAGGAGGCCGGAUUCACCAGAACAAACGUAGUGUGUCGAUUGCUCUAGGCCGUAACAGGGUACGGGAGGACGAAUUGAAAUUCGUUCUUGAGAAAGCACACAGUGUGGCCAAUGCAAAUAUUGAACGACUUGCUCUCCCACAAGAUGACGGUAUCUGGGAAAUUUUGGUAAACAACCUUAUUAGGAUGAUCCAGAAUGAUCAGGUCAGCUCUGCACUGCGUCUCAAGGCCAGUGACGUGAUCAAUACAGUUAUCUCAAAAACCAUCAAACUGACCGAGUCCGCCGAGGAGGAAUCGAGGAACGACGUGCAACUACGGGGAUUACUCGCUUUGAAAUCCCAAUCAUCGAUGCCAAGCCAGGGUCGACGCCCUAGUUCCUCGCCUCGUGCAGCCGACUUGGAAGUACAUGAGCUCGCGCUUGAGACUUUGAAAUCUAUCCUGGAGGGUUCUGGCCAAUCGGUGGUUGCGGGCUGGAACUUGGUCUUCGAACUGAUUUCGAGCGCCUUCGAUAAACAAGUACCAGCUCUAGCGGAGAAAGACGAAGCUCAACGAUCACCCUUGCCGGCUCUUGGUGACUCGAGGAAAGUUAGCGUGAAGUCUCAGAAGCUCCUGAGGACAGCGUUCGACUCAUUACAGCUUGUGACCUCGGACUUUUUGUCGUUACUCCCUGCUUCUUGCCUGCUCGAGCUUGUCGAAUGUUUCUAUAGCUUUGCAUCGCAAAAGGAAGAUUUCAACAUUUCACUAACAGCCACUACAUCGUUUUGGAAUAUCUCAGACUUUCUUCGGGUUCAAAUCGACCAAUUUUCUUGCGAAGACGAAAUCACAGUUUCAACGACCGAGGCAUCCAUCGUGGAGAUUGCCAAAAACCCCGAAAACACUUCGUCGACUAGUGCACUGUGGUUACUUUUGCUCUUGAAGAUCGUCGAUCUUACCGUUGAUAGUCGUACCGAAGUUCGCAACAGCGCAAUUCAGACAAUGCUUCGAAUAUUGGAUCACUCGAGUGGACAACUGCCUCCGGGAAUAUGGCAUUUAUGCUUGAACAAGGUCCUUUUUGUGAUGGCGGAGGCGGUCCAAGUCAAAACUGUUCAAAUAAUGGAGUCUCCGAAGGCGAGCGCGGAACACCAAAAGUCAUGGGCGGAUACAGCAGUGCUAUUGAGCAAAGGACUGUCAAACCUCAUUGCCACAUACUUUGCUAUGAUCAUUCGGCACAAUAAUUUUAGUCAGUCCUGGACGCGACUACUUCGGUUCUAUGAGCCACUUCUCAAAUUAAAUUCCUGGGAGCUGAAGGAAGCUAUUUUUUCGAGUUUCUCUCAAAUUUUGUCUUGCUUACAGGCACCUGAGGAUAUUGGUACGAACUUGGUUCAACAAGCCUGGGCUCUCUGGGUCAACGGUAACCCGAUUUCCGAGGAGGAGAAGCAAGACUACGAGAAUUCAAACCAGAAGGGCCUCCUGGCUUAUUUCCAAGCAUACGAGCAGCUCUACAGGCUCCUUAAAAAUCAUCUGGGGGAAAGGCAAGUUCUCGAAGCACUACAAAAUGCGCAGGUAGCCAUAAAGCAAUCUGUUCAUUCAAAGUACUCUCCAGACACUGAAACUCCCUCGGAGUUGCAGGCGAGAGUCAUGGACUGUCUCAAAACCCUCUGCAUUGAUAAGCCACUUUCGCAAUCAGCAAUUAUGGAUAGUCUUUCCAAAUAUUUCCAAUUGCCUUUGAUAAAUUGGUCACCACAGGCUGACCGAGCGAAACCGAGUUUUGUUGCACUUUCCAAAGCCACAAUGCGCCUUUUAAGCUGGUACAUUACGGAUCAUGGAAUGAGAACCAACAUAUUGCUAGAUGGAACGCUAAGCAGCACACUUGAGCGGCUGACAUCCCCAAUCCUUAGCAAAUACAACUGGCCAGGAAAGGACGGUAGUCCAACUCUAUGGCAGACGGCAACGACAGCUUCUUUAGACCUAAUGCAGGUCGCAAUUCCAUACGUUGAGAGUCAAUAUCAAACCUGUGAGCGUGCCGUUACAGAACGAUUCUGGAAAUCCGUAGUAGGUGUUGUAAGGGGGAUAGUGUCGUGUGGAGAGUAUACUAAUCUAAAGUUAACACCGUCCGCUGUGUUAUCUGACGAGCAGUUCGAUAUCGCCGCCUUUGAACGUUUACGUGGUAUGAUCAUCCCGGCUCUCGGCUCGUCUUUCAUCUUUCAAAAAAUACGGCGCGAUUUUGCAUUUGUGAUAUUCGAUUCUUCACAUAUCUACCCGCCUCAACGUCUAGAUCUCGCGGGCGACUCUGCACAAAAUGAACCACUCCGCGAUCUAUACAAAGUCAGGCGAGGCCGCACGCAUGGCCCCCAGCCAACCAUUCGGACUAAAUUAUCAUAUGUUUUAAUUGACACACUAUUCGACCUAGCAUCUGUUCGCAACCCGACUGCAGGGGGCCAAGCUCCAUCACCAAAGAGCGUGGCACCGUAUAUCUCCCUUGCAAAGUCUGUGUCACCGUACCUUAUCUUACGCUGUGCCUUACCCUUGAAGUCCUAUAUUGCCGACCAACCACUUCUGGGUCUUAUGCCACAACCCAUAAUCUCACGCAAAGAGCUAAUGUACCUUCUGACCCGAUUGGUUGACUUGAGGAGCGAACCUACCGCUAUCCCGGCCGCCGGUCCCGCCGUUCCUAUAGGGGGGUCCGAUGAUGCCCUGGAUGAUGAGGACGAUGAAGAAGAAGAAGAAGGGGGGGAGGGGACGAAUGGCGACCAAACAGGGGCAAGGUUCAAGAGACAUCUCGGGUGGAUGCAUCCCCUUGUUAUUCGUGCAAUAACGGUUGCUAGCAAGGAGACGAAGGAUCGUCAAGUUCUAGAUGUGCUGACAAAGAUAUUAGAAGGUGCACAGGGAUAA